UUUUAGUAAAUGUAAAAGAAUUAACUGGGAAAUUUGAAAAACUUUCGCAAGGAGGUGAGCAAUUAACUGAUGAAAAUAGAAGGCCAACAAAUGGAAGACAAAGAGAUUUUGAAUCGCAAAGACUUUUCAGUCAUAGUUCUAUGGAUAGCCAAAAAUUAGGUUCAAAAUAUAACGAUAUUAAAGAAACACUUACGAAUUAUAUGAAAAAUGGGAAAUAA